UAACGAUUAUUUCACAAUCAUGCGUUGCUGGGAAGCUUGGUGUCGCCUGUGCGCCAAAGAACAAGCCGAGCACAAGUUUGAUUCUGUUGAUGAUAUAAAUGCUAUCACAUCCCACUUCCCAAUAUCGAUCCCUGAGAUAAAAGGCGUAGCUUUGAAUGUUUGUGACGAUUGCUAUACGUUUUUGAGCAAAAUCAACCAGUUCACUGGACGGUGUGUACAGGCGAAUGCUUUGCUUAUGUACCUUUCGAAAUGUAGCCUAACGAAGAUAAGUGAUGUCGAUGUCGAAGCCAUACGCAUCCGAUACCUGGGGGAUUUGGACGUCGCCGAUACAGUAGAGCUAACCGAAGCGCUGGAUGGAGGGCGAAAAAUUUUGUCAGAUAAUGAUCCCUUUCACGAGAUAGAACAGAUAGAUGAUGUUGAAGAAGUCAAGGAAGAAAUCAAAUCUAGUUACAUGGAAAUCGGGCCCAUAGAUGCUUCUGAUGAUGAUGAUGAUGACGACGAAUGCUACGAUUAUGAUGUUAGCGACAGAGAGUGUUGGGAUGUAAUCGAUAUCAAAAUCGAGGAAGCUUCUCCAAUCGAGGAAAUGGAUCUGCGUUCAUGUGUUGAAAUUAUGCCGCGCUUGGCAAAGAAACGUAACACAAAUGGUAAACCUGCAAAGAGUUGCCGCACCAGGAACCCCUUCCGUAGAAGUCGACGAAUUGUGCGUCACAGUGCAAAAAGAGCGCCAGGUGUGAAAAUAUUGACUGAAACCGAACAAACGCUUGGGUUUGAUAAGCGACCGUAUUCCUGUAAUGUUUGUGAGAAAAGAUUCAGCAAUCAAGAAAGCGUAGAGACUCAUAUGCUGACGAUCCAUGAAGGAGGAAAACCUUUCGUUUGCGAAGAAUGUGGAAAACGAUGGAGCACGAAAGGUUCACUUAAGGAGCAUCAAAUAGUUCAUAGUGACGAGUAUCCGUAUCACUGUUCGUAUUGUUCAAAGCGCUUUAAAAACAUGCCUCGACUAAAGACUCACGAAGAUACACAUAACAACACAAUGUACGUUUGUCCUCAUUGUGGGCUUAAGUUAAACACAAGGCGCACUCUACAAAUGCACAUGGUAGUACACUCAGAAGAGCGGAAAUAUAAAUGCCAACAUUGCGGAAAGGAGUACAAACGCUCGAAAGCUCUCAAGGCUCAUUUGAUACUACACACAGGGCUAAAGCCUUAUGCUUGUCCGUUUUGCGACAAAACGUUUGCGAAUGGUUCGAACUGCCGUAGUCACAAGAAAAAGUUUCAUCCGCUCGAACUGGCAGCCCUGGAGGCAUCGGGAGGACAGCAGCCGACCGCAAACAUUCCCAAGUUGGAACAACUGCAACCAAAGUUUAGCGAACUCUCAGGCUCAGCCACCGUUACAAGCAUACCAGAAAUUGUACAUCACGUUGCCGAUCCAACAGAGUCCGUCGUCGAUAAAACUGAAAAGCCACGUGCUGUUGUAGUGGAUACAGCUAGUCUUAGUGAAGAUCGAGCAAGCAAUAUCAAAGUCAAGAAAGACAAGCUUAGUGAAGUACACGUUACGCCUAUCAGAGUUAAAAAAAGUAAUCUUAACGAGGAAACGACGCCUCCCAAAAUAGAGCUAGAAGCAUAACGGUCACGCGUCAGUGAGUAAAAUGGAAAGUGUACAAGUUGCAUGAAAUCAGGGAUUUCCCUGUACAUUUGCAAGGGGCGUAUGAAUUGUGUAUAUGAUUUAUUUUCUGAAACUAUUAUGGUGUCCGUAAGCAGCACAGAUGGUAGCAAAUGAUGGUAGAGGUGUCUCGUAGACACUGCUUGCGUUAAUUAGACAGUAAAAUGGUGGUAGCCUGUGUAAAUCGCCCUAAUGCCGGGGAGCGGUACCAAAAGUUGGUAAUGGAAUACAGCAAAGAAACCAUUCAUAAAUCAAAUC